AUGCUCCAUGUCCGCAGCAAGGUAACAACCACCAAGACGAAGGCGGCCAAAUCCAAGACAGAGGUGACAAAGCCCAAAGCGAAACGAGCAAGGUCCAAGCCCGCAAAGGAGCCUACGGAUGACUCAAUUGCAAAGACAAAACCGACAUCUCCAAUGCUUGCUGUGACUAGCGACAUUGCGCGCAAACUGAACCUUACCGGCGUGUGGAAGAAGAGACAAGGUGGCGGGAAGAAGGCCACUGCGAUUGAGCCUCGCAGAGUCAAUAUAGUGAGCGAAGGCUUGUGCGACGACAUCAUCCAGUACAUUGGCCCUUCACUCGAGCGACACCGAGGAUGCGAUCUCGUCGAUUUGAACCCCGGAGCAGGAGUAUGGAGCCGGAAGCUCCAUGACUUCUUACAGCCUCGCAAACAUGUCAUGAUGGAUCUCGAUGCCGAGCUAUACAACCCGUUUCUCGACGAUCUCCUCUCCAAAGAGAAUGUCGAGCUGAUACCGAAGUCUGGCCUAGUGUGGAAAGAUCUCUUUGAAAUGAUUCGCACGCGACUGCCAGAUCAGCGAGAGGUGGUGGAAAACGAGGCCCCUAGCCGCAACGACACGCUUCUUGUCACGGCCAACUUGUCCAUGUUUCCGAAAAAGUCGUUUCACGGUUUCGACAGCAUAAGUACCAUGGUUUUGUACCAAUUCAUGUCGAGUAUAUCCACAUCCACCCUAUUUCAGCGCUAUGGACUGGUCCGAAUGCUCAUAUGGGUCAAUGAUGAGGAUAAGAAAAGAUUGCUCCCACGCUCGAUCAAUCGCCGAAAGAAAAGUGCGUUCGAGGCCGAGUUAUCGUGCGAAUGGGUCCAUGAAGUUGCCGGCUUGGAUGCAGAGGUGCAGGACCGCAAUGCGCUUCGUGACGAAUGGAUCAACAUUGAGUCUGCUUGCAAGACGAUAGAAAGGAUGAAGGCUGGUGGGUUGUCUAUGCCCAAAGGACGCGAGACGCUAAUGUACGCCAAAUUGCAAGCCGAGCCAGAACUCCAGGGACGGGAGCUAGCCGGUGUCCGCCCGCCUACAUUGAGCCGGCCAUUUAAGUUGGAACUCGAAGCACUUGAGCAGGAGAAUCCAGAAUCAAGCGAGUCUGCAAAAAGACUAAAAGCGCUACGGCAGCGUGAAAAGUACGACCAAGAGGACGCACUCAUGUAUUUGGAGCUUCUCCAGGAAAGAGAAGCAGUACAAAAGUUGGCGGCAUCCUCACCCGCAAAGUUUGAAAAGGCCAACGCAGAUUGGAACGACAAGAUUGACAAUCUCAAAAAGAAUGCGCGCAACGAGUUCAACGGACUAAAGGAUAGCUACCACCUUUUUCGACAGCCAACGCCGUCAUUACUCUGGGACAGAAGGGCGUACGAACCGCUCUCUGCAAAGGGGGAAGAAUUCUUUCCCAAUGCGCCGACAGCACUGCUCGAUAUCCAGCCAAAGACCAUGCAUCCCGUCUUUAAGCAGCACGGCCCAAAUAGUACGCGCUCAGGGGACAUGUCAGAGGUAAUGCUGCGAUUCUGGUUCCACCAUACCUUGGUGCCUAUCCAUAAGGCCAUGGAGGGAGUGUGGGGUGGUUUUGGAGAGUUGAUUACGGAAUGUCCUAGUGUGAGGGAUCUGGCUCGCGGCGGUACGCCCAUGACUGGACAUGGGGCGCUUUCUGUGCGGGCGAUGAAUGAGGAGCAGUGGGCGGAGAUUAUGGAGGCGUGGAUGAACUGGCCUUUUAGACCGAGUUAUACGCAGAUGCUGGGGAGGUUGGUGGAAGACGGUGAUGGGGAGGGCGAUGAGGACGAUGGCAAGUCCGCUGCUAUGGGAUUGAUGGUUUAA